AGGCGGCCGACGGACCGCAGAGGCUGGCGAUCGCCGAGCAGCUGCACGGCCACGUGUGGGAGGCUUCCCUGUCGCCCCACGCCAACCACGUGCUGCAGAAGUGCGUCGAGGUCCUCCCGCCGGACCGGGUGGGCUUCGUGCUCUCCGAGAUGCGCGGCCACGCCAUCGCCGCGGCCCGCCACCGUUACGGCUGCCGCGUCCUUGAGCGCGUCAUCGAGCACUGCCCUGCGCAGCAGACGGAGGAGCUGGUCUCCGAGGUGCUGUCGGGCUCCGCGCAGCUGUGCCGCCACACCUUUGGCAACUUCGUGAUCCAGCACAUCCUCGAGCACGGGACCCCGGCGCAGCGGCAUAGCGUGGCCGAGGUGCUGCAUGCCGACAUUCAGCGCCUCGCCAGGCACCGCGUAGCGAGCUACGUGGUCAGGAGCGCCCUGGUCCACUGCACGCCGGAGGACAGGAACUGGCUGGCGCAGGCCAUGAAGGCGGACGCCGUGGAGCUGCAGGACCUCACGCACCACCACUGCGGGAGUUUCGUUGUGCGUGAAAUGCGCCGUGGCGAGCGCAACGUGGAGGCAUCGACUACUCCUGCGUAGGCGCGGUCAUCCUCUGAGGCCAGCAUUCUUCCAAUGGAGGGGGGAGCACGGGUCUUCCGGGGAUCACCGUGCGGCUCA